AUGGCCACAGAACAGACACCUCUUAUUGCUAUCUAUGGAGGACCUAGAGGAUGGGAUAAAUAUGCUCAUGGUAGCAUCAUCUUUGGCCUUGCCUUAUUUAUUGCUCUGAUCGGUUCAGUACUUGUUAGAAUCCCGUUUAACGUAUUCACAUUUCAUCCCAUCUUUAUGACACUCUUCAUUGUCCUCUUAACUGAAGGCAUUGCUCUUUUGCAGCCAACGAGUACAUCUGAAGAAAAGAGAAAAGGACUUUAUUAUCAUGCUCUGAUACAAUCUACAAGUUAUCUCUCAGCUAUCAUUGGAUUCUCUUUUAUAUUUUACAACAAGGUCAUAUCAAACAAGUCUCACUUUGAAUCUUUGCAUGGUAAAUUAGGUUUAUUCGUAUUCGUUUAUUUAUUUAUCCAGCUAUUGUUUGGUAUCACUAUCACAUUAACACCAACCUUAUAUGGUUCGAUUGAUAAGGCCAAAAGCCUAUGGAAGUAUCAUCGUAUAUUGGGUUAUGCUCUCUUGUUACUCGUGUGGUUUACCUCUCAGCUAGGUGUUAGAGCAGAUUAUAUGUAUAACAAUUUAUACGAUAUCAAGCUCAUCUAUCUGCAUUGGUUAUCUCUUACUUUUGUCGUGGCCGGCCUUGUUUACAGGACAAGAACCAGAAAAUGGGGAGUGAAGUUUAAUCAAUAG